CUUACUGAUAAGUCACAGCCAGAGGAGACCUCUGCACCAGUGCGUGCAAGAUUUCUUAGGCUACCUUCCCUACUCGCACUUAUUUUCAUUACCACUUUUCCUUAGCAUACUUACAUUAAAGCAAAAAAAAGAACAGUAAAAUAUAUAUAAAUUAUAAAUAAUUCUAUAAAUAGAGUAGAGGCGCUGAAGAGAGCUGCAGAAGGUGUUCCCGAGAGCAACAUGAGGCUCCUAGCGGGUGUCAUCAGCGUGGUGGUGUUGGCCUCCCUCGCACACGGCGCUCAUGAGUGCGAGAGAGAGUGCGUGGCCGGCGACACCCGCACCUGCCGCUACACCUUCCACCUCCAGGAGUACCACACCAUGAGUCGCGCCUGCUUCGACUGCCCCCACAACCUCACUGACUGCUCCCGUCCCGAGUGUGUGGCCGGCGACGGAGUGGCCAGACCGCUAGUUGCUAUCAACCGUCAACUGCCUGGACCCAGCGUACAGGUGUGCGAGGGCGACCGGGUUGUGGUGGACGUGUACAACUGGCUGCUGUCGGACACGGAGACUAUUCACUGGCACGGUCAACACAUGCAAGACUUCCAGUACUACGACGGUGUCCCAUUCCUCACCCAGUGCCCGAUCUUAGGUGGCUCCUUCCGCUAUAACUUCCUCGCUACCACCACUGGCACUCACUGGUGGCACUCUCACUCAGGACUUCACCGAGGGAGUGGAGUGUUCGGCCCCUUCGUGGUGCGAGAGGCAGAGGAUCAACAGGCCUCAACUUACGACGUAGAUUCCCCCGAACACGUCCUUAUGAUGUUCGACUGGAUCCAUAGCUCCGUCACCGACAAGUUUUUUGGUCGCAUCCAUUACACUGGGGACGAAUUCGCCUCAAACAUCCUCGUCAACGCCAAGGGCAGGACAUCUGCCACCAUGACGCCGCUGGAGGUGGUGCGUGUGACCCCUGGCUUGCGUCACCGUCUGCGUCUCAUCAACGCCGGGGGCCUCAACUGUCCAAUAAUUGUCUCGGUCGACGACCACAAACUUGUCGUCAUCGCCACUGAUGGCCAGCCCAUUCUUCCUUACACGGCUGAUUCUGUCGUCAUGUACUCUGGAGAGAGGUUUGAUGUGGUGUUGGCGGCCGACCAGCCCGUCGACAACUACUGGAUCCGCUUCAACGGCCUCAUCGACUGCCAGCCGAACGAGUGCAUGCAGGGAGCGGUGCUCCGGUACGAGGGCGCCCCGGAGGAGGACCCGGCCGCCAUCCUGGCCUACGACCCCAACUACCCGCCAGGAGUCGUGGUGAAUCCCCUCAAUACAGCCGGAGUCCCCUUAGAAGAGGUUACCAUGGCUGAACUUACCUCCCUCGUCCCCAGCACCUUAGAGGAACACGUCGACAAGCAGUUUUUUCUUGGCUUUAACUUCAACCAGAUCGACAACCUUUUGAUGUAUAACCCUGAGUUAUACUCCUACUUCGAAGUGUCUGCGGGAUGGCAAGCAAACACCCCCCAGCUGAACAACAUCAGCUUCAGGUUACCGCUCUCCCCUCCGCUCUCCCAGCCACAGGACCCUCAGCCCACCGUCUGCUUCUACGGCGAGGAGCCGCCUUGUAUCGGAAACUACUGCAGCUGCACCUACGUGAUGGAGGUGGCGUUAGGGGAGACAGUGGAGCUGGUGUUGGUGGAUGAGGGCAUCAUUGGUGAUGAGAACCAUCCCUUCCACCUCCACGGUAACAACUUCCAUGUGGUGGCUAUGGACCGCCUCGGCAGCCAGACAACAGUGGAAGAGGUCAUGGCUCUAGACGCUGCUGGGGGCAUCUCACGGAAGUUGACCAACGCCAUCAAGAAGGACACGGUGACGAUCCCUGACGGAGGCUACACCGUCGUCAGGUUCACUGCUAACAACCCUGGCUGGUGGUUGAUGCACUGUCAUCUGGUGUUCCACGCAGAGCUUGGGAUGAUCGGCGUCCUGCAUGUUGGGGAUCCUUCUGACCUACCGCCUGUCCCUGAGGGCUUCCCCACCUGCAGCUCCUUCAUGCCGGACCUCUGUUCAUUUAAAAAGACAAAUACACAAGUCGACACAAAAGUAUCACACGUUACAAACAAUACACAUGAACAAUAUAAAGGCCUGAAGGGCUCACAACAAGAACAGCAAUCGAAACACAUCAAUAUGCCAAAGGCAAGGGAUAUAUGCGAGAAUUCAAUGCCUACACAUAUUUAUGUUGAUAAUCCUUUUCCGGAAACCGCAAACAGUACGUCUCCCAAACGAUCCGCUCAUCUUCCUGAGGAUGACCGCCAGACGUCCCCGAGCACGACACACCACAGGGACCCAAACUCGCAACGGACCGCCGGGUACAGGUUCGACCAUCUUAGGAACUACCACAAGUUCAUGGACCACAUCAUCUUCCACAGGGGAGGGGACAGCACCCCCAACUUCGUGGAGCCCACAACGGGAGGCACGGGGAAGAAAGGGCACAGGAACCAACACAGAGCUCCCCACACCAGCACCUGUAUCCGUCGCAUGGACAUCCACCACCACCACCUCCGAGACCACCGGAACAUCACCAGUCAUAGACCCCUCACCGCCAAAAGACACGUAGCUCACAAAAUUCCCCACAUCUGCGCAGGGGUGACCAUCCGAGGCCAAAACAGAUCAAGAGCGCCACGAGCGCUUAGGAUAAAUAAUUCUAUAAAAAGAGUAGAGGCGUUGAAGAGAACCGCAGAAGGUGUUCCGGAGAGCAACAUGAGGCUCCUAGCGGGUGUCAUCAGCGUGGUGGUGUUGGCCUCCCUCGCACACGGCGCUCAUGAGUGCGAGAGAGAGUGCGUGGCCGGCGACACCCGCACCUGCCGCUACACCUUCCACCUCCAGGAGUACCACACCAUGAGUCGCGCCUGCUUCGACUGCCCCCACAACCUCACUGACUGCUCCCGUCCCGAGUGUGUGGCCGGCGACGGAGUGGCCAGACCGCUAGUUGCUAUCAACCGUCAACUGCCUGGACCCAGCGUACAGGUGUGCGAGGGCGACCGGGUGGUGGUGGACGUGUACAACUGGCUGCUGUCGGACACGGAGACUAUUCACUGGCACGGUCAACACAUGCAAGACUUCCAGUACUACGACGGUGUCCCAUUCCUUACCCAGUGCCCGAUCUUAGGUGGCUCCUUCCGCUAUAACUUCCUCGCUACCACCACUGGCACUCACUGGUGGCACUCUCACUCAGGACUUCACCGAGGAAGUGGAGUGUUCGGCCCCUUCGUGGUGCGAGAGGCAGAGGAUCAACAGGCCUCGACCUACGACGUAGAUUCCCCCGAACACGUCCUUGUGAUGUUCGAUUGGAUCCACAGCUCCGUCAGCGACUUGUUUUUUGGUCGCAUCCAUUACACUGGGGACGAAUUAGCCUCAAACAUCCUCAUCAACGCCAAGGGCAGGACAUCUGCCACCAUGACGCCGCUGGAGGUGGUGCGUGUGACCCCUGGCUUGCGUCACCGUCUGCGUCUCAUCAAUGCCGGGGGCCUCAACUGUCCAAUAAUUGUCUCGGUCGACGACCACAAACUUGUCGUCAUCGCCACUGAUGGCCAGCCCAUUCUUCCUUACACGACUGAUUCUGUCGUUUUAUACUCUGGAGAGAGGUUUGAUGUGGUGUUGGCGGCCGACCAGCCCGUCGACAACUACUGGAUCCGCUUCAACGGCCUCAUCGACUGCCAGCCGAACGAGUGUGUGCAGGGAGCGGUGCUCCGGUACGAGGGCGCCCCGGAGGAGGACCCGGCCGCCAUCCUGGCCUACGACCCCAACUACCCGCCAGGAGUCGUGGUGAAUCCCCUCAACACAGCCGGAGUCGCCUUAGAAGAGGUUACUAUGGCCGAACUUACCUCCCUCGUCCCCAGCACCUUAGAGGAACACGUCGACAAGCAGUUCUUUCUUGGCUUUAACCUCAACCAGAUCGACAACCUUCUGAUGUAUAACCCUGAGUUCUACUCCUACUCCGAAGUGUCUGCGGGAUGGCAAAGGAAAACCCCCCAACUGAACAACAUCAGCUUCAGGUUACCGCUCUCCCCUCCGCUCUCCCAGCCACAGGACCCUCAACCCACCGUCUGCUUCUACGGCGAGGAGCCGCCUUGCGUCGGAAACUACUGCAGCUGCACCUACGUGAUGGAGGUGGCGUUAGGGGAGACAGUGGAGCUGGUGUUGGUGGAUGAGGGUAUGGUUGGUGAUUUGAACCAUCCCUUCCACCUCCAUGGUAACAACUUCCAUGUGGUGGCUAUGGACCGCCUCGGCAGCCAGACAACAGUGGAAGAGGUCAUGGCUCUAGACGCUGCUGGAGGCAUCUCACGGAAGUUGACCAACGCCAUCAAGAAGGACACGGUGACGAUCCCUGACGGAGGCUACACCGUCGUCAGGUUCACUGCUAGCAACCCUGGCUGGUGGUUGAUGCACUGUCAUCUGGUGUUCCACGCAGAGCUUGGGAUGAUCGGCGUCCUGCAUGUUGGGGAUCCUUCUGACCUACCGUCUGUCCCUGAGGGCUUCCCCACCUGCAGCUCCUUCAUGCCGGACCUCUAGGUACCUUCGUUCCUACAUGACAGCAGCCCUGUUGGCCCUACUUGAUGUACCAAUAGGACACCUGUUCCUUUAUGCGGGAGGCAUGGCAGUUCCUACAGAAACUGCCGCUCCUUCCUUCUUGACCUAUUGGACCUUCUGUCUCUCCGUGUCAAACCUGUAAGAUCUUUACUGCCCUCCACACCUGACCUUUUGUUAGUUCCGUAGGAUCUCCUCACUCUUCAAGCGAGACCUGCGGACUAUCGCCUAUCACUUCAGUACUGAAACUAAACAUUGCACCUAUAUGCACUCCUCACCCCUUCCUCAUGCCUUAACGGGCUAUUCAUGCCCGUGCCACCUCUUUGGUGGCUUAAUCUUCUUCAAUCAUCAAACAUGCCUGGCCCACUCCUAACCUUGCUCUCCCUCACCCCCUCUCUCCCAUUUCGGGCAUCAUCAACAGUCCCUCCACUUGUACUGUCGUGAGUCUGCAACAUUUAUAACCCUCAAGUCCACUACGGGCUCACAACAGCCCGUGCUGCUUGGAACUUUUUUGUUCAGAGUAGCUGAAUCUAAAACAACAACAACAGCAACAUUUAUAAUUAGAUUUAUCAGUCCAUCUUCCUGAUGCCAAAAGUUUGUGGUAAAACUUUGAGAUCGGAGUAAGACUUCAUAAAUCUCGUUUCCAUUCAACUCAAUGUAGUAUAUGUACGUAGGAUGAAAUAAACAAGUUCAUACAUUGA